AUUUGUUGCCACGUUACGCGUAGCCACAACUCCAAAUAUAUCAUCAUAGCGUCCAUUCACUUCAGCACAGCAAUUCGCCUUUCCGAUCCGAUCCGCCACCUGUUUCCGCCCUUCCCGCCGCCGCUUAAACCAUUAAUUAUAUCCUUCCACACCUGCACACUGCACGCUGCACGCAGAGACAGAAAGGGGUAAGAAGAAGAAUGGGUAUUCCUUCAACAUUAUUAAGCUUCCUUUACCCACCGCCCCCCUCUGUGUACAUCACAGCCAUGACUGUGAUAAACUUUGCGGCAAUGGGAAACGCAGGUUUGAGGGAGACGAGAGGGAAGAACAUGCAGUAUUCAAAGCUCUCCACUUCUUCUUCUUCUUCUUCUUCUUCUUCUUCUUCUUCUUCUUCUUAUGGGUCGUCUGCGGCGGCCAUGAAUAAGGCUAAAAUCUCAAGCAAAAGUGGGAUGGUUAUUCUGUACACUCCUGCGGCGUUUCUUGCAGCCCUUGCUUCUUUUUGGAUGUUCCCAGAUGAGGAUUCCAGGUUUCAUUUCGUCUCUGCUGCACUUGCCAUCCAUUUCUUCAAGCGAGUCUUUGAGGUACUAUUUGUUCACAAAUACAGUGGCAGCAUGGAUGUAGAAGCAACCAUUGCAAUAUCCUUGAGUUACUUAACAGCCACUGCAAACAUGAUUUAUGCUCAGCACCUCACCCAUGGCUUCCCAGAGCCACAAGUUGAUCUGAAAACUGUUGGAGCCGGGAUCUUUCUGAUCGGAAUACUGGGUAAUUUCUACCACCAUUAUUUGCUGUCUAGCCUAAGAACCAAGGGGGAGAAGCAAUACAAGAUACCCCAGGGAGGGCUGUUCAAUCUUGUGGUGUGCCCACAUUAUCUUUUUGAGGUCUUAGGUUUUGUUGGGAUUUCCUGCAUUUCUCAGACGUGGUAUGCAUUCAUGUUUACUUUGGCGACAACGUUGUAUUUGAUGGGGAGGAGUGUUGCCACUAGAAGAUGGUACCACUCUAAGUUUGAACACUUUCCCAAGGAUAGGAAGGCAAUCAUUCCUUAUCUCUUGAGAUCGACCGUUGCCCAACUGAGUUGUCCCCUUGAAUGCCUUCCCUUCGAUCCCUUGCCUCCCUUUCCAUGGAGCGAGGCUGAGUUUCAGGUCGAGCACACACUGGUUGCAUGGGUCACACCGCAACGAUGGGUCCUCUCUCGCUUUGGUGACAUUACUUCAUCCUCUUGCGCGGGCACUCGGCGCACUCGUCCAUGAAUCCCUACCACCAAUUAGGUUAGGCCUCGCCAUUGCCUGUUGAAUGUCCUGGGCAAUCAUCACUUGGAGAUCCACAGGUGGUACCACUGUCCCGGGCCCUUGCUGCUCUCCGCUACAGUUGUUGUUAGCUGUGGCGUCAAUGCUAGCGUUGUCGUUGCCAUUGUGAUUUUGGCCACGGGAGCCUGCUCCAAGCUUGUAGUGUGCUUGAGUUGAUCUUAGGCUCUCAAUGCAAGCACCCGGUAAAUAAGUUACUAGCGUAUAUUUGGAAAGUAAUCAAGUUUGUAUUGCUUAAGAGUUUCAGUACAAGAUUUUGAGUGUGUCCCCCUGUUGUCACAAGGGCUCAGCUUUUAUAUUGGACAAUGAGCUACUAAGUAUAACGGUUACAAUAAUGACACAAUGGCUUCCUAUUUA